AUGGGAACAGCAACGUCGACGAUGGCAGCGAAGUUAGCAUUCUUCCCACCAACUCCGCCUUCGUACACGGUGGUCACGGAGGAAUCAACGGGGAAGAUGAGGAUAUCGACGGAGAUGAUGCGUCAUCGGAGAGAUGAGGAAAUCGAAGUGGUGAAGAUAAAGACUAGAAAAGGAAAUGAGAUCGUGGCGAUGUAUAUUAGGAAUCCAACGGCUAAGCUCACCCUUUUGUAUUCUCACGGCAACGCCGCCGAUUUAGGUCACAUGUUCCUCAUCUUCAACGAACUAAGUCACCAUCUCAAUAUCAAUCUCAUGGGAUACGAUUACUCAGGAUAUGGGCAAUCUUCUGGUAAGCCAAGUGAGCAAGAGACGUACGCAGACAUAGAAGCAGCUUACAAUUGGCUAAGAGAGACUUACGGUACAAAAGAUGAACGUAUCAUUUUGUACGGACAGUCAGUGGGAAGUGGACCGUCUCUUGAGCUUGCUUCUCGUCUUCCACGUCUUCGAGCACUUGUUCUUCACAGUCCUUUCUUGUCUGGUCUACGUGUCAUGUACCCUGCUGUCAAGCAUUCCUUCUGGUUCGACAUUUUCAAGAAUGUUGAUAAAAUUCAACUCGUAGACUGUCCCGUUCUUGUGAUUCAUGGAACAGAUGAUAACGUGGUGGAUAUUUCACAUGGAAAGCAACUAUGGGAACUUUGCAAAGAAAAAUACGAACCACUAUGGCUUAAGGGGGGCAAGCAUUGUAAUCUUGAGAUGUUCCCUCAGUACUUACCUCACUUAAGAAAAUUCAUAGCGGCGAUUGAGAAGCUUCCAGUUCCAAAAUUCCGAUGCCCUUCAUCGGCUGAUGAUCACAAGAAAGAGAAACAACAAUUGGACUCGAAGAAGAGUAGUACUUGGAUUGGAUCUAGGCAUAGCACCGAAUGUGUUACAGAAAAAUCAAGAAAGAUUAGCUUCGGUCACCGGUUUGGGAAGGCAAGAAACAGCAUGGAUAGCUUCGAUCGGGCUAGGAAUAGCUUUGACAGGUUGGGUGAAAUGGUGAAAUCAGUUCGAUUAUGUAAUGUUGAUUGUGUGAAGAGUGCAGUUGCAAAUUAA